UUUAGGUAUCUCAAGUGGAUAUGAUCUUGACACCAUAAGUGUAUUUCACUCCGCAAUAAUGGAGAAUAAAUUCGCCCCUGGGGAUAAUGUCUGGAUCAAUGACCCAUCAAACACCGAGUUCAGUGUUCUCCUGGGGGGGAAGAUCACCGCAAUCGACGCCAGGACGAUUACAAUCCAGGAUGACGAUGGCAACAUGGUGGCGAUCCCACGGGAUCGAAUCGCGAAGCACAUGCACCCCACCUCGAUCUCGGGCGUGGAGGACAUGAUAAAACUGGGCGACCUCCAGGAAUACGCAAUUCUCAAGAACCUGCACAUGCGCUACACCAAGAACCUUAUCUACACGUACACCGGAAGUAUGCUAGUGGCGAUCAACCCGUACCAGAUCCUGGACAUCUACACCCCCAAGGAGAUAUCGGCCUACAGAGGUAAAAAAAUCGGCGAGCAACCGCCGCACAUCUUCGCCGUCGGUGACACCUGCUUCACCGAGAUGAGGACAACCAGAAGGAAUCAGUGCAUCGUCAUCAGCGGAGAGAGCGGAGCCGGCAAGACCGAGAGCACCAAGUUGAUCCUGCAGUACCUGGCGGCGAUCAGCGGCGAGCACUCGUGGAUAGAGCAGCAGAUCCUCGAGGCGAAUCCCAUCCUCGAGGCCUUCGGGAACGCCAAGACAAUCCGCAACGACAACUCCUCGAGAUUCGGAAAGUACAUCGACGUGAACUUCAACAAGUCGGGGGCCAUCGAGGGCGCCAGGAUCGAGCAGUAUCUCCUGGAAAAAUGCCGGCUGGUUCACCAGUCCCCGGGGGAGAGGAACUACCACAUCUUCUACUCGAUCCUCGCAGGCCUGUCCAAAGAGGAGAAGAAGAGGCUGGGACUCGGGAGUGGGGCCUACAAGUACCUCUGCGGCGCCCCAGAGUGCCGAGGAAGAAACGACGCCAAAGAGUUUGCGGACGUCCGGGCAGCCAUGAAGAUCCUCAACUUCACUGACGACGAGUUCACCAGCAUAAUCGAGCUGCUCUCCUCCAUCCUCCACCUGGGGAAUUUCAACUACAAGUCCGCAGUCAUAUCGAACAUGGACACCUGCGAGAUUCAGGACGACGCAGCUGUGAAGACGACGGCUGACCUCCUGGGGGUGGGGACGAAGCCGCUGAAGGAAGCCUUAACAAGAAGAACGAUUUUCGCGCAGGGGGAGAGGGUCGUCAGUAAUUUAUCGAGGGAGCAAGCUGUCGAGGUCCGUGACGCCUUCGUCAAGGCGGUCUACGGUCAGCUGUUCAUCAUGAUCGUGGAGAAGAUCAACACGACGAUAUUCAAGCCGAAGUCGAACACCAAAAGCUCAAUCGGGGUUCUCGACAUCUUCGGGUUCGAGAACUUUGAUCACAACAGUUUCGAACAGCUCUGCAUCAAUUACGCGAACGAGCAUCUCCAGCAGUUCUUCGUUCGCCACAUCUUCAAGAUCGAGCAGGAGUACUACAGCGACGAGGGGAUAUCCUGGAGGCACAUCGACUUCAAGGACAACCAGGGGGUGCUGGACUUGAUUGGGAUGAAGCAGCUGAAUGUGAUGGCUCUCAUUGACGAGGAGAGCAAAUUCCCGAGGGGAACUGACCUCACGCUCCUGACGAAGGCUCACCAGGUGCACGCGGGGAAUGAUAGCUAUGUAAAACCCAAGUCCGAUUUGGUGAAGGCCUUCGGGAUAAGGCACUUCGCUGGGGCUGUCGAUUACCAAGUGCACGGGUUUUUGGAUAAGAAUCGGGACACAUUCUCGGCGGAUUUGAAGCAGCUGAUCGCGAUAUCCUCGAACAAGUUCUUGAAGUCCAUCUUCCCGGAGGAUAUGCUGUCCAUUGAUGGGAAGAAACGCUCGGCCUCGCUGUCCUCGGGGUUUCGGGCGUCCUUGGAGAUGCUGAUGAGGACUUUGGAGAGCUGCAAUCCCUUCUUCGUGAGGUGCAUCAAACCGAAUGAGGAGCAGAGGCCGGGGGUUUUCGAUCGGCACUUGUGCUGUCGACAACUGAGGUACUCCGGGAUGAUGGAGACGGCGAGCAUCAGGAGGGCUGGGUAUCCCAUUCGCCAUAGUUAUCGUGAGUUCUAUGAGCGGUUCAGGGUUUUGGUUAAGGGGAGGGCGGAGAAGGACCAGAGGAAAGCCGCUGAGAUGAUUUGCAAGGAGGUUCUCGCGGAGGGGAGUCUGGAUUAUCAAAUGGGGAGGACCAGGGUCUUUCUGAAGGAGGAGCAGGAUUUUGUUCUCGAGCGAGAGCGGGGGCGAGUCGUUGCCACGAGCAUUAUCACGAUCCAGAGAUAUGCGAGGAGGUGGAUCGCCCGGAGGAGAUUCCUGCAAAUAAAAAAAUCAGUCCUAAUGAUUCAACGCGUCUGGAGGGGUCAUGGUCCCCGGAAGAAGUAUCUGAAGAUGAAACUGGGGUACCAGAGGCUGCAGGCGUGCCUCAGGUCGCGCGUGACCACUCAUUCAUUCCGCAAGAAGAGGAAAAUCAUGGUGGCACUGCAGGCGCUGUGUCGUGGUUAUCUCGUUCGCGUUCUCCACAGAAAGAAAGCCCAGUGGCGAGAGCAGAGGCUGCAGGAGAUCAAGAAGCUACAAAUGGACGAGGAGAAGCGGCUGAAAGCCAGUGGCAACUCCGAUUGGAAGACAAUUGCGGGGAAGAAUAAUGAGAAUCGAUUGAGAGAACUGCGAGAGUCGCUGAUUCACUUCGGGAAGAAUGGGGCAGAGGCUCCAGUGAAGGAACCUCCGGAGAGCAAUAUCGACACUAUUUUCGAGUUCUUGAAGGAAGAGCCACCGACACCCGGCGUCAAGCAGUUGCCUGCAGACAUGUACGCAGACCUCCCAGCGUCCCCCAAAAAUCCCGAAGACGCGAGAAGCAUCCUGGAGCUCCCCCCCGAGGAAGACCCCCCCGAAGACCUCUCCGCCUUCCACUUCAGUAAGUUCGCAGCGACCUACUUCGCCUCCAACAUCGCGCCGCAGUACUCCCGCCGCCCCCUAAAGCAGUCCCUGCUGGACCUCCCGCUGGCGUCCGACCAGCUGUCCUCCCAAGCGCUCUGGACCACGAUCCUGCGGUUCAUGGGGGACCUCCCGGAGCCACGAAACCCCCUCGACACCCCCGAGCGUAAGACCGUAAUGUCAACAGUCACCGAGACCCUCUCAAAGACCUUCGCAAGAUCUCGAGAGUACCAAGACCUGAUGAACCACAGCAUCGCCCAGAAAUCCCUCAUCCGAAUGACCCUGAAGAGGCAAAAUAAGCUGCAGGACCACAUCAGACGCGGAAUCCUCGAGGACGAGUACGUGAACGAGAGCUACGGGAAUUGGCUGCAGACGCGCAGUACAAACCUCGAGAAACUGCACUUCGUGAUCGGCCACGGGCUCCUUCGCCCGGAGCUCAGAGACGAAAUUUACUGUCAGCUAGUGAAGCAGUUGACGAGUAAUCCGAGCAAGGCGUCGCACGCGCGCGGCUGGAUCCUCCUGUCGCUGUGCGUGGGUUGUUUCCCGCCCUCCGACCGCUUCAUCAAGUACCUCCGCUCCUUCAUACGCUCAGGCCCCCCGGGAUACGCGCCCUACUGCGACCGGAGGCUCACGCGGACCCACAAGAACGGCGCAAGAUCCCAACCCCCGAGUUGGCUGGAGCUCCAGGCGACGAAGAGCAAGAGCCCAAUCCUCCUGGAGGUGACCUUCAUGGACGGAGAGUCAAAGACAAUCGAGGCCGACUCUGCCAGCACCUCCCAGGAGGUCGUGGAGGCGCUGGCGCGCAGCAUAAACCUGCGCGACACCUUCGGCUUCUCCUUAUUCAUCACCCUCUACGACAAGGUCCUGUCCCUCGGCGCAGGGAGGGACCACGUGCUGGACGCAAUCUGCCAGUGCGAGCAGUACGCCCGGGAGCAGGGGCAGUCUGAGCGCUCGGCGCCCUGGCGGCUGUUCCUGCGGAAAGAGGUGUUCGCCCCCUGGCACGACCCCACCCUCGACGGCGUCGCCACGAGCCUGAUUUACCACCAGAUCACGAGGGGCAUCAAGCAGGGGGAGUACAGGUGCAGCAACGAGGGGGACAUCGCGAUGGUGGUGGCGCAGCAGCUGUACGUCGACCACCAGAAGAGAAUGACUCCGGAGAACCUGAAGAGCGCGAUGCCCCUGUACAUCCCCAACCACCUCCUCCAGGGGGUGGUGCACGAGGCCCUGAAGAAGUGGCAGAAGCUGACGCUGAAGGCGUACGAGAGCAACGUCAACGUUAUCCAAGGGGCGCCUGUCAUCAGAGCGAAGGAGGACAUCGUGAUGUUCGCCAAGGUCACCUGGCCCAUCCUCUUCUCGAGGUUCUACGAGACCCUGAAGACGUCGGGACCUGAUUUGCCAACUGUCAACGUCAUAAUCGCUGUCAACUGGACUGGGAUCUACUUCAUUGACGACCAGGAGCGGGUGCUCCUGGAGAUGUCGUUUCCCGAAGUGGCGGAGGUGACGGUCCAGAACUUCCAGGGGAACUCGAGGAACAUCAUCAUAACGAGUGUGCAGAGGGAGGAGUGGGUGUUCCAGACGUGCGACGCUGAGGAUCUCGCUUCACUCAUAAAUUUUCUGGUGGACGGCCUCAAGGAGCGCUCGGUCUACGCCGUCGCCACGCAGGAGUACAUGAGCGACGUGACGGCUGGCCUGGGGGAGACCUCCUGCUUGUCGCUGAGGCGGGGAGACCUGGUGAAGCUGGUGGGCUGCAGGGGGCACUCCGUCAUGACGUCGCAGUGGGGGUACGGGGAGGGGCUGGAUGGGCUGCAGGGGGAGUUCCCCUCGGAGUGCGUCUACGUGAUACCGACACUUGGGAGACCCCCACAGUCCGUCGUCGACGUCUUCAGGAGCGAUUACACGACUAAGGGCACAAUGGCGAGGAGGAGGGUCGAGAGGGCUGAGCAGAGGUCCCACUCCUUGAGGAAGUUCGCGCUGGAGCACUUCAGACAGAGCUUCAACGUCACCAUCUCGAGGGGGUCGACGAUAUCCUCGGCCAAGGGGACCGUGCAGGAGACACUUUUCAAGCACACCAGGACCCCGAUGAAGGCUGCGCUCCUGGCGAGGGUCUGCGAGGACCAGGAGUUGUCGCAGUUAGCAGUUGCCAUCUUCACGAAUAUCCUGAGGUACAUGGGGGAUCUGCCCAGCAAUCGCCAGCGCUUGGGGACCGAGUACACGGAUCUGAUAUUCGCUCCUGCGCUGGAGCACUCGCACCUGAGGGAUGAGGUCUACUGUCAGAUCAUCCGGCAACUGACGGAGAACAAGAUUAGGCUGAGCGAGGAGAGGGGGUGGGAGCUGAUGUGGCUGGCAACGGGUGUUAUGUCGUGCUCUACGAAUGUGCAGAAGGAAGUUGUGGCGUUCCUGGGGGCCUCCAGGACCCCCUUAGCUGUUGACUGCUUGAGCAGGCUGAACAGAACUUCGAAGUUUGGGAACAGGAAGUAUCCUCCGUACAUUCUCGAGGUGGAAGCCAUCAGGUUCAAGAGUCUCCAGAUUUUUCAUAGGAUUUAUUUUCCUAAUGACACUGACGAGGCCUUCGAGGUGCACUCGUCGACCAAGGCGGCGGACAUCUGCGAGGAGAUCGCGGAGAGAAUGCAGCUCAGGAGCUGCGAUGGGUUCAGUCUCUUCGUCAAAAUCUCGGAUAAGGUGUUCUCAGUACCGCAUGAGUACUUCUUCUUUGAUUUUGUUCAUGAAUUGAUGGAGUGGAUGAGGAAGUCGAGACCCUCGAAGUCGUCCGGCGUCACGCAGGUGCAGUACCAGAUAUUUUUUAUGAAGAAGCUGUGGGUCAAUUGCUAUCCUGGGAGGGAUGUCAACGCGGAUGACAUCUUCUACUUCCAUCAGGAGUUGCCGAAGUAUCUGAGGGGGUACCAUAAUUGCAGCAAGCAGGACGCGGUCAAGCUUGCUGCGCUGGUUUAUCGGAGCAAGUUUGGAGAGGUGAAGGAUGAAAUGGCCCAGGUGCCGGAUAAACUCAAGGAGUUCGUUCCUGCUGAUCUGGUUCAUGUGUACAGGCCCAGUGAUUGGAAGAAACAUAUCUCCUCGGCGUACAGUCAGCAAUCAGGAAUGAGUCAAUACGACGCGAAACUUCAGUUCCUCCAGCACAUUUACCAGUGGCCCACCUUCGGUUCAGCCUUUUUCGAAGUGAAACAAUCCACAGAACCGAGUUUCCCUGAAUUCUUGAUAAUAGGAAUAAAUAAAAACGGCGUGAGUGCGAUUCACCCUCAAACGAAGGACAUUCUCGGGAUGUGGAGCUUCACAGAACUCUCCAACUGGUCCUCCGGGAACACUUACUUCCACAUGACGAUAGGGAACUUCAUGAAGGGCCAGAAGAUCCUCUGCGAGACUGCUCAAGGGUACAAGAUGGAUGAUUUGAUAUCUUCGUACAUCCACUACCUUAAGUCAACGUUGGAAAGUAAGGAGUCAGAGAGAUUGUAAUAAAUUAACAAAUAUCGAUUAACAAAUUGCAUGUUUCACUAAAUUGUAAUUAUUAUUAACACUGACGCAUGAGUAGAUUACGAAUGUAGCAUGUAUUUUGAAUGUUAUUAAAUAUGUAGAGAAAACUUA